AUGAGUGGCCCCAUCGGCGAUCCCCCGUGUAAGAGUGAGGUGGAGGAGGACAUUCCAGGAGAUGUCACCACAGAGAAUUUCAGUAAAAAUAUUAAGGGCAGUACUAUAUUAUCACAAAAUUAUCAAGAUGAAGAUGAAGAUAACCUGCAGUGCUCCUCAGGAGAAAACCUCAUUACACUUAAUGUACACCCAGUUCUUCACAGUACAGAUCUAUUAUAUAAUCCCCCUUAUCAUGAGGAGCCUUCUCCUGACCAAUUGCAGGUUGUUACCAAAAAUACAGGUCACAAAUGGGAUAAAAGGUUUCAGGGUGGUAAAGAUUCUAAAGAGAAUUCAAGACUUUCUACACACAGAAUAAUUCACACAGAAGAGCAGCCAUACUGCUGUUUAGAAUGUGGGAAAUGCUUUACAAGUAAAUCAGAUUUUCUUAAGCAUGAGAUAAUUCACACAGGAGAGAAGCCAUAUUCAUGUUCAGAAUGUGGAAAAUGUUUUACAAAAAAAUCAUAUCUUGUUAUACAUGAGAGAAUUCACACAGGAGAAAAGCCAUAUUCAUGUUCAGAAUGUGGAAAAUGUUUUACAGAUCAAUCCAGUUUCGUUAGACAUAGGAAAAUUCACACAGGAGAAAAGCCAUAUUCAUGUUCAGAAUGUGGGAAAGGCUAUGCAGAAAAAUCCGGUCUUGUUAGACAUAAGAAAAUUCACACAGGGGAAAAGCCAUAUUCAUGUUCAGAAUGUGGGAAAUGUUAUACAGAAAAAUUUGGUCUUGUUAGACAUAAAAAAAUUCAUACAGGAGAGAAGCUAUAUUCAUGUUCAGAAUGUGGGAACUGUUUUGCAUAUAAAUCAGAUCUUGUUAAACAUCAGAGAAUUCACACAGGAGAAAAUCUAUAUUCAUGUUCAGAAUGUGGGAAAUGUUUUACAAAGAGAUCACAUCUUGUUACACAUGAAAGAAUCCACACAGGAGAGAAGCCAUAUUCAUGUUCAGAAUGUGGGAAAUGUUUUACAGAUAGAUCCAGUCUCCUUAGACAUAAGAACAUUCACACAGGAGAGAAGCCAUAUUUAUGUUCAGAAUGUGGGAAAUGUUUUACAGAUAAAUCCAGUCUUGUUAUACAUAGGAGAAGUCACACAGGAGAGAAACCAUAUUCAUGUUCAGAAUGUGAGAACUGUUUUACAUAUAAAUCAGAUCUUGUUAAACAUCAGAGAAUUCACACAGGGGAGAAUCCAUACUCGUGUUUAGAAUGUGGGAAAUGUUUUACAGAUAAAUCCAGUCUUGUUAGACAUAAGAAAAGUCACAUUGAAGAGAAGCCUUAUUCAUGUUCAGAAUGUGGAAAAUGUUAUACAAGCAAAUUUCAUCUUGUUGUACAUAAGAGAAGUCACACAGGAGAGAAGCCAUAUUCAUGUUCAGAAUGUAAAAAAUGUUUUACAGAUAAAUCAUAUCUUGUUAGACAUAAGAGAAAUCAUACAGAUACAAAGCCAUAUUCUUGUUCAGAAUGUGGAAAAUGUUUUACAGAUAAAUCAAGUCUUGUUGUACAUGAGAGAAUUCACACAGGUGCAAAGCCAUAUUCAUGUUCAGAAUGUGAGAAAUGUUUUAAAGAUAAAUCUGGUUUGGUUAAACAUGAGAAAAUUCACACAGGAGAGAAGCCAUAUUCAUGUUCAGAGUGUGAGAAAUGUUUUAUUACUAAAACCAAACUUAACAUUCAUCAGAGAAAUCACACAGGAGAAAAGCCAUAUUCAUGUUCAGAAUGUGGAAAAUGUUUUACAGAUAAAUCCAGUUUUGUUAGACAUGAGAGAAUUCAUACAGGAGAGAAGCCAUAUUCUUGUUCAGAAUGUGGGAAAUGUUUUACAGAUAAAUCGAGUUUUGUUAGACAUAAGAGAAUUCAUAAAGGUGAGAAGUCAUGUUGAUGUUUUAUAUGUUGAAAAUGCAUUGUGAAAAGAAACUAAAAUUCUAAAGCUUAGCAGAUCAGAAGAAACUAUAUUGUUUUUUUAGAUAUGGGAAAUGUGAUAAGAGCAAAAAAAAUAAGUUUUUCAAACCCAUCUUAUUCUUGCUAUCAUGUAGCUUUCUUAGCUAAGAUUUGGCAA